AUGUCCACCACUUAUCUCGUCACCGGCGUUUCGGGCAGCCUCGGGUGGGCAUUUCUGAAACAUCUCUCCAACGAUCCCAAUAACACCGUCAUCGGCCUUGUCCGCAACAAGCCCGGCACGGAGAAGCGCAUUGCGGAAGAGCUUAGCGACCGCAAGAACAUUCAAGUCGUAGAGGGUGAUAUCACAAGCUACGAAUCGCUCAAGAAAUCGGUGGACGAAGUGAGCAAAAUCACUGGGGGAAGCCUCGAGUACCUCAUCGCCAAUGCAGGCUUGGUUUCACGUUGGUCCGGCAACUUGCCGAUAGACAUUCUUUCCGAGACUCCAGAGAAACUCGAGGAAAACCUCCUCGACACUUUCCGCGUCAAUGUCAUCGGCCAGAUUAACCUUUUCAAUUCCUUCCUCCCCUUGAUCCUUAAGGGCAAGACGAAGAAGGUCAUCACUUUGGGCACUGGCUUGGCCGAUACUAACUUGACAGCCAAGUACAACGUUGAAGUCGCAGCCCCCUACUCAAUCAGCAAGGCGGGAACCAACAUGGCCGUGGCCAAGUACCACGCCACCUACGGCCCUCGGGGUGUCCUAUUCAUGUCUAUUAGCCCUGGCUUCGUUGAGAGUGGCCACCAAGACGGCCUGACCGAGCAGGAGAUACCGUAUGUGCAAAGGAUGGUUGCCAGUUUCGGGGAAUACGCUCCACAUGCUCGAAAGUUCACGCCGGAGGAAUCCGUUGACUAUAUGUUGAAGGUUGUUCACGAUGCGACCAUCGAGAAGUAUGGAGGUGCUGCUGUGUCACACAACGGAGACGACCAAUGGCUCUAG